CGUGUGGAACAAUCCUUAUUCAUACCCCAAUCGCUUUUCUUCUCUCAAUUUUCUCUAUAUAUAAAUACAUUGAUUACGCACCUUUCGAAAUCUUUAAAAAAGAAAAAAAACUGAAGCACCACAAAGAUGGCGAAAGCUGAUCUGAUGGUUAUUUCUUUGUUGUUACUAAUAACACUGUGUUUCACCGCGGUUGAAGGUUACGGAAGGAUGGUGGGAGGGAGAACGGAGAUAACCGACGUGAAGACCAACGAGGAGGUACAAGAGCUGGGGAGGUUCGCGGUGGAAGAAUAUAACCGGAGCCACGGCCUGGGGCGGUGGCGGGGAUUUGUAAGUAGUAGUAACGGAAGACGGGCGGAGUUGGUUUUUUCUCGGGUUUUAGAGGCGCAAAAACAGGUGGUUUCGGGGAUAAAAUACUAUCUCAAGAUCGAAGCAAUGGAGAAUAAGCUUAGCAAGACGUUUGAAUCGGUGGUUGUGGUGAAACCUUGGCUUCAUUCCAAGGAAUUGCUUCACUUUUCGCCUUCGGCUGAGUGAGUUUUAGGGUAAUUUUGUUUGUGUUUUACGAGAUUUUAGUUGGUUCUAACCUGUGAUUUUCGUGGAAAAUUUGUCAUCUCGCAAAUGUAAUCUUGAUGAAUAAAAAAAAUAAAGGCUACUUUCUAAUUUUGCAAGAAA